GCAGGUUUGUGUGUGUGUUUAAAAAAACACUCCUCCUUUUCUUCCUCUAUAAUUUCGUGAUGACAUUCCAGCCUGUUUGCUGAAGUUCACUGGAGCUCACACUGGAGUAGUUUGGGAAUCUGCUGGAAAACACGUGAAAACUCAGUUUUUUUUAUCAUGCCAAACUGGGGUGGAGGAAAUAAAUGUGGCGCCUGCCGCGGGACGGUGUAUCACGCUGAAGAGGUCCAGUGUGACGGGAGGAGCUUUCACAAGUGCUGCUUCCUUUGCAUGGUCUGUAGAAAAGGGUUAGACAGCACCACAUUGGCCAUCCACGACCAGGAAAUCUACUGCAAGUCGUGCUACGGUAAAAAGUACGGCCCGAAGGGAUACGGCUACGGUCAGGGAGCAGGAACGCUCAAUAUGGACCGCGGCGAGAGACUGGGCAUCAAACCAGAAGAAACACAAACUCACCGACCCACCACCAACCCAAACCCGUCCAAGUUCGCGCAGAAGUUCGGCGGCUCGGAGAAGUGCGCGCGCUGUGGAGAGUCUGUGUACGCCGCCGAGAAGGUGAUGAGCGCUGGGAAGCCGUGGCAUAAAAACUGCUUUCGCUGUGCCAAAUGUGGGAAGAGCUUGGAGUCGACCACUCAGACGGAGAAAGAUGGAGAAAUCUACUGCAAAGCAUGUUAUGCAAAGAACUUCGGACCCAAAGGAUUUGGAUACGGUCAGGGAGCAGGAGCUCUGGUUCACGCUCAAUGAUAGUCUGGACUUUGUACGUUUCUUUACUAUUAUAACACAGUUGUUACUAAUUUCAAAAGAAGAAAAUUAUUAUUUUGCAUAAAGAAUGAAAUGAAAUGCCUCUAAAAAAAGGGUUUGUUUUCCUUAAGUAUAUGAGUCAUUAUUUUUUCACCAUUUGCAUAAAUUACAGGGUGUUAAUUGUUCAUAGAGGACCAUUAAGAGUUAUAUUUUCAUUGCAAUUAGGCACAUUUCCCCCCCCUAAAUUCUCAUUACUAUUAAUGCAAAUCAUUGAUUUUUUUUUUUAUUUCUAAAUAUAAAUCAUUGAUUUAUUUAUUAAAAUCAUUUAAAUAAAUCAUUGAUUAUUUAUAUUAAAUAAUGUAAUAUAUUUCAUAUGAAUUAUUUCAUAUAAAAUUACUUUAUAUAAUAUUGUAUAUUUUUAUGAAACAAUACUGCAUUACAGUAAUGAGAGAAAAAUGUACCAAUAUUAAGAAAAUUUCCAAAAAACAAAAACAAAAAACAAAACAAAAAAAGGUCCUAAAAUAAAAAUUAAGUUAAUUUUCUUCAUGCAAAAUAUUUGAACACUUAGUUAAUUGUUGUUAGAGGACCAUUAAGUUACAUUUUCAUUGCAAUUAGGCACAUUUUCUCCCAAAUUUUCAUUACUAUUAAUGCAAAUCAAUCAUAUAUAUAUAUAUAUAUAUAUAUAUAUAUAUGAUGUAUAUAUGAUGUACCAAUUCUUUUUUUUUUUGUAUUUCCAAAAAUGAUGGUCCUAAAAUAAAAAUUGAGUUAAUUUUCUUUAUGCAAAUUUUUUUAACACUUUACAGAGAGGACCAUUAAGUGUUAUAUUUAAAUUACCAUAGUGUAAAAACAUUUUAAAAAUACACUUAAAUUAAAUAAUAACACUUUUAAAAACCUGUAUUACAAUAAUGAGAAUUUGGGAAAAUGUCACAAUCUUUCAAAAAAUGGUGCUAAAAAAAUAAGGUUAAUUUUCUUUAUGCAAAAUAAUUUUUUUAAAACUUUUACUGAUGUUAAUGCUUCACAGAGUUGUCAUUGUACGAGCAUCUACAUUUAGUAAAUACAUGUUCAAUGUAAAAUAAACAGUUGUUUCAGUCCACUUUGCUUCUGUAGUGAAAACUAACGCAGGCCUUUCACCUUCAAAUGUUUUAUUAAUAAAGCCAUUAAAAUUGAA